UACUCGAGCUUGAUCGCACGUAAUCGAGAUUGCUUUCGAAUCCUUCUCUUCAGGCAUCGCUCGUGCCGUCGCUCCACAAGAACGACAAGGCGCAUAUUCCUACCUCGAGGACGUCCAUUCGUAGUCGCGUUUCCCGGCCAUGGCGAGCCAUCAGCAGCCUUCGCCCACCGCGGGAAUACCACCGCAUCAUGGUGCUCCUCAUCCCGUCCACGGUCAGGUCAACGGCCAUCCGCCGCCCUUAAACCAGGCCAAGACAUCUUCGCAGUACCUUACACACUUGACCGAAUCUGUAUGGAACCAAAUGGGCUCUCUGUCUGAACAAAUGAACGACUUGGACGGGGCCGUCCAAUGCUACGAACAGGCAUUGAAGUUCAACUCGUGGUCAAUCCCCGCUAUGCAGGGCAUUGCGUGCAUCCUUCGCACAAAGGACCACUUCCCGCAAGCUGUCGAGUAUCUGCGAACCAUCCUGAAGGUCGAUCCCGCCAACGGCGAAGUAUGGGGAAGCCUCGGCCACUGCUACCUCAUGAUGGAUGAUCUCCAGCAGGCUUAUUCCGCCUACCAGCAGGCCCUCUACCAUCUCUCCGACCCCAAGGAGCCAAAACUCUGGUAUGGUAUUGGAAUCUUGUACGAUCGCUAUGGCUCUCUCGAGCACGCUGAAGAGGCCUUCUCUCAAGUCAUGAGGAUGGAGCCCAACUUCGAAAAGGCGAACGAGAUCUACUUCCGCCUCGGUAUAAUAUACAAGCAACAGCAGAAGUUCAACCAGAGUUUGGAUUGCUUCAAAUACAUUGUGCAGAACCCUCCUCGACCACUGACCGAAGAAGACAUCUGGUUCCAGAUUGGUCACGUGUAUGAGCAACAGAAGGAGUUCGAUGCUGCAAAGGGUGCCUACCGCCGGGUUCUCGAGCGUGACCCCAAUCACGCCAAAGUUCUCCAGCAGCUCGGUUGGCUGCAUCACCAGCAGAGCACAAAUUACGCAAGCCAAGAGCAGGCCAUCGAGUAUCUUGAGAAAUCAGUGGCUUCUGACCAAACCGAUGCACAGAGCUGGUAUCUAUUGGGACGCUGCUACAUGUCACAGCAGAAGUAUCCCAAAGCGUACGAGGCCUACCAGCAGGCUGUCUACCGCGACGGCAGGAACCCAACGUUCUGGUGCUCGAUUGGUGUCCUCUACUACCAGAUCAACCAGUACCGCGAUGCACUUGAUGCAUACUCCCGAGCCAUUCGCCUGAAUCCCAACAUCUCGGAGGUCUGGUACGACCUUGGUACUCUCUAUGAGUCUUGCAAUAACCAAACUGCGGAUGCUCUGGACGCCUAUCAGCGUGCAGCUGAUCUUGACCCGUCCAACGUACACAUCAAGGCUCGCCUGCAACUUCUCCAAAACGGCCAGACCUCGAAUGGCGUUCCGAACCAAGCAAGCGCUCCCGUGCCACAGGAUGUGCACCCUCAGGCAUACCAGCCUGCUGGUCUCCACGGACCUGCUGCCCCUCAAUGGGGAACAACACCUCAGCAGCCGCCGCAGGGGCCGCCUCCGCCCCCGCUGGGAUCUGCUUCGGAGUGGAGCCGCCCUCUCGCUCAGAUCCGCGAUCCAGGACUUCCUCCCCAACAGCUCAACCCUUACGACCAGCGCGAAGGUGUUCGACCUCCCACCCAGCACGCCCAACGACCUGCCAGCCCCAGGCAGGAACCAUUGCGACCCUACCAGGAGCCUCCCCGUCCUCCUACUAACGGUCCUGCACCUGGCGGGCCUUCUCAUCCACCAGGACCUCCAGCGCCUGCUCCUCUGCGUCGCGGCAUGUCUCCUUCGCCAAAGACACACAGCGUUGUGCCCAGCCCAUACCAUGCGCCCGCUCCUCCUCAGUUGCCUCCUCAGGGUACGCCGUCGCAAUCGCACGCUCCCCCUCAUCAGCCCCCUCCUCAGCCGCCGUCUCAACAGCAGACACCGCAGCAGCAGCCUUCCCAACCUCAGCCGCCUCAGCAGCAACAGCAACAGCAGCAACCCCUGCAGCCAAACCGUAUUUCUAACCCUAACUACGGUCCCCACGCUGCCAAUGUACCUCCUCCACCUCCCCCGCCACCUACCGGUCUGGGCGGCCCGGCGACUCAGGGACCUCCCCCUUCAUACGGUGGACGGGUCAGUAGCCCUGCACCAGAGGUCCGCCCGAUCGUGGAACCCCGCGCAGGAUCUCCUCGAAACGCGUACCAAGGCCCCUACCAACAGCAUCACCCGGAUCCCUCUGGUGGAAGCGGAAUCGCAAGCGGUGCCCCGGCCCCAGCUUCCGCACUUGCUGCUGCCGAAGCUGCCGCCCGCGAACGGGAAGAUCGCCCUCCCACUGCUCCACCGAAGCGACAUCGGGAGUGGGAGGAGGCAGAGCAUCACCCCAAGCCUCCAGCCAACGACGAGAAGCGCCAGAAGCUCGAGGAGCCCCACAGCCGUCGCCCCUCUCCUCCACCGCAUCGCAUCUCUUCUCCGCAGAUUCAGCGUCACAGCCCACAGGAUGCUCCUGAUGCUCGUCGCUUCAACGAUGGCUACCACCCAUCUGAGGCUGCUCACCACCCUCCCUCGCUGCCUCCGAUGACCGCCGCUCCACCGCCGCUGCCCCGGAUGACAGAAACCCCAAAACAAGAGCGACCAGAGCACCACGAGCCUGCUGCUCGUCGCGUGGAUGUGGAUGAGAACUACGACGAUGAGGGCGAAGAGAGCAAGCCCAAUGCACCCAAGUCCGAGCGAUCCAGCCCUCGCAAUGCUCCUACAAAUGGCGUUCCCCAUGCGCCCACUCCGGUUGAGCAGAAGUCUUGAAGGAUCGAUACUGUUUUUCCUUAUCAGAAGUUGUGUUGAAAUUAUAGUGCAACGAUAGUUGGGCAAGUACUCUUACUGUCCGUGUCAUCCACUUGUCAUGUCAUUUCUUUUGUCCCCCUUUGUUCCCUAUUCGCCUUUGCUACGAUUUUCGAGGAAUCAUCUGGCGCGGUGGUACAUAAUCUUAUUUUUCUUGUUGACAUGUACGAAGACGAAGAUCCAAUACCACACUGGACGAUGUUGUUGUGAGGAAAAUUUGGAGUUCCGGGUGGC